AACCACCAGCUAUAAACCGACCAGCCUGGCAGCUGAAGUUCUUCGAAGUCAGAGUAUGCAGCACGCACCCUAUUUUCAUUUUACUUUGUGCAAACGAGAGAAGAAAUUGGCCAUUUUAUCAAGGAUUUUGAAAGUUGCCCCAAGCGGGUAGAGGCAGUGACGCAUCGCGCGCUAGUGAACAGAGAAGAAACAAGAACGCAACGCUGCUUGCCAUCGGAAACGGAAAUCGAACCGCGUCAUCUGGCCAUUUUUUUCGCAUCAAAAUCCGUCGGAAUCCUUUCGCACCUUCUUCCCUCUCCCUCGUACGGUUGAAAAAAGCCAGCCAGAAUGGGCGCGAGAAAGUGAUGAACAUGUAUAUAAAUAUUCAAGAGUGCACCCCUGACCCGGUUACCAAGUGAUGUGACAACGCAAACGCCGUUCUUCUGGAUGCGUUCUGUUCCGAGUGUGAAGAUUUGUGGCUAAUCCUGUACGUGCAGAAGGUAUAUAUUUUGCAAAGCAACGUAGCGAAGGGGCCGGAGCGGAACUUGCUUACAAGCGCUUCCGCUGCGUCUCUGGUCCAAGCGCGUAAAUACGCCAGAAGAGAGCAGUGGCUAGUGUUGCUUUGCUUGCUGCGCUGUUGUACGGUGUGUGUGGCAUUACGCACACGCACACGCGUACGCUCCCGUGCGAUAGCGUUGAAGCUGGAAAAGGUUAGUGUGUUGUGUUCCGUAAUAUGUCCAAAAAUUUCAUCCAAGUCGGAACCAGUGGGACAUGGGACGGUAAAAAAGUGUAAUUAAAACAAUUUGUUUUUAAAGAAAGACAAUCAAAAUGGCCGCCGUGCGGUGCUGCAAAUUCCGGAAAGUGUGUGUCCGAUCGGCAGAAGGAUUAGCAUACUAACCGUGCGAGAAGAUCGGUGGUCACGGUUUAAUACGUGUUUAUGCUGCCCCUAUGGUGCUGCUGUGCCAUCGGUAAUAAUCAUCAUCAUCGUCAUCAUCGUCAUCCUGCCCGUCCACGUAAUAACAAACGAAGAAAAUGCGUGAAAAUCCCAAUGACGUGAGUCCGCAAGUGUGGAAAGAGUGGAUCCUGGAGGCGAUACGGCGCAUCCGGUUCCAGAAGCAGCGUCCUAGCAUACAGCGCAUCUGCCAGGCCAUCGGCAGUCAUCACAAGUUCCACGAGGACAUUGUGGCGGAAAAGCUAGAGGAAGCAGUCGAGGCCGGUUCGGUGCUGAAGGUGUACAACAAGGGCUUACAUUCGUACAAAGCGCCCACCUCCACGCAGCGGCGCGUCAUCGAAGUUACGAACGACAGCAACCUGUCCCGGUUGGUGGCGAAAGCGGUCCGUGAUCUGGGCGAGUUCGAUGGGUCGUCACAGAAAUCGAUCGAAAACUAUGUACAGCAGACGAACAACCUUCGCAUAGCGACCGACACUGACUACAAGAGUGUCAUCCGCAACGCGAUCCGGAUCGCCCUCGGCGAGGACACGAUAAUGCAGGAAGGUCGGCUGUUCAAACCGGGUCCAGUGUUCAAACCCAUCACCAAACGCAAAUCGACCUCGCCCAAAAAGCGUGGCAGCAAGCAUUUAGAUCGCUCCUCCGACGGUAGCAUUUGUGUGGUAUGCCAGGAGGCGGACGGUAACGCGUCCGACGAGGAGUGUGAAGCACUUACCAGCUGUAGCAGUUGUGGAGCAGGGCUGCACGACAGCUGUGCAACCGGAAAUGGGCACAGCAGCAGAACGGUGACGCUGUCGCGCUUGCUGGAAAAGGGCAACAUUUGGCACUGUGAAGAGUGCAAGGUGUGCGAUGCCUGCGCAAAUCAGGACGACGACGAGGACGGUGUGAAAGGUGUUUGUUUGCUGGACUGUUGGAGUUGUAAGAAACAUUUUCACCUUUCCUGUCUUAAUCCGCCACUGUCGGAGAUAAAGAAAUGCAAAACCGCUUGGAGGUGCUCUGAUUGCUUAAAUCAAUCCAGGGACAGUGAUAGAAAGUCCAGCAUAAUGCGACCACUAACGGGUGAAAAGAAGCGAAAAAGAUUACUCACUGGCGAAAAAGAUCCAAAGGGGAGUACAGAAGUUAUCAGUCUACCAGUACCUUACAAAAAUCCAUACGAUUCAACCAAUGAAGAUGCUAUAGAAAAACAAACCCUCCCAGAAGGCGUGACCCAGCAGGACGCCGAACUGUACAAGCACGUUCGCGAGCAGUCGACCAAGAUUGUCGUGGGUGUAUCGAAGACAGCUAGCAAAUAUAACAAUAACAACAGUGAACGUGGUCGGCAUUUCUCACCCGAUCGUCCCAAUCACCAGACCGCGAAAAGUAUUCUCCAGCAAUCGCCAUCGAAACUGAUGGCAGCGCAGGAUCGUUGUCCGGCAGCGAUAGAAUUUGGGAAGUAUGAAAUCGAAACGUGGUAUUCAAGUCCCUUCCCGCAGGAAUAUGCCAGACUGCCGAAGCUGUUUUUGUGUGAGUUCUGCCUAAAGUACACCAAGAGUAAGGCGGUACUGCAACGGCAUCAGGACAAAUGUUCCUGGCGCAAUCCGCCCGGUACGGAGAUCUAUCGCCACGAUGGUGUGUCCGUGUUCGAGGUGGAUGGAAAUGCGAACAAAAUCUACUGUCAGAAUCUGUGCCUGCUGGCGAAACUGUUCCUGGACCACAAAACACUCUACUAUGACGUGGAACCGUUUCUGUUUUACGUGCUGACGCGGUACGAUCGCAAGGGCUACCACUUGGUGGGGUAUUUCUCGAAGGAAAAGCACUGUCAGCAGAAGUACAACGUGUCAUGCAUUAUGACGAUGCCACAGUACCAGCGCCAAGGGUACGGUCGGUUUCUGAUCGAUUUCAGUUACCUGCUCAGCCGCGAAGAAGGUCAACCGGGUACGCCGGAAAAACCGCUUUCCGAUCUUGGCCGGGUGUCCUAUUACGCGUACUGGAAAUCGACCGUGCUGAACUAUCUGCAUGCAUACCGGUGUCGUUCGGAGGAGACCGAUGGUGCCAGUUCCCGAUCACGGGUACCCUUCUCGAUACAGCAAAUCUCACAGGAAACUGGCAUGGUUAUACCGGAUAUUGUGCUUGCACUGCAGCUGUUAUCCUUCAUCAAGUACCGCAAGAUCGAUCGCGGUGGUGGCUUUAAAGUGUACCAGCCACUCAUAUGCAUCGAUUGGCGGCAGGUAGAUAAGCAGCACGAGCGCAUGGUACGUUCCAGGGCACGCCUUGCCAUUGAGAAGGAAUGUCUUCGAUGGACGCCACUGUUUCUGUCUAGUACGGCAUCAUUUUCCGAGCUUGAUGGUAGUAACAUUCCAAUGGAUGUGAUCGAAACGACCGCUGAUACUGAGCCUGCCGCUAGCCGCAUUAGUACCGUCAGUCCAAAACUGGAAGAAGAAUCGGACCACGAGAAGGAGCAAAACAAAGCAUCACGAAAUGUUACGCUGAGGGGUGAUAGUGCAGCCUCGCAACAGCUGCCACAUCGAAAGGGAGAAUCUGGUAGAAGAAAAAAGCGUGGAAGAGAGCUCUCACCAGUGGCUUCGGACACUGUUACUCCGCGUGUCACUAGCGACGUAGUUACAGGCGGUACCCGUAACAGAUCGCAUGCACUGAAACUGGAAGAAAACACGGAUGAAGAUGAAACUGUGGUCGCUGCCCUUACUUCACGCAACAUGACUACCGGGAUUGCUGGACGAAAAAGAGGUCGGGCAGUGCAGGAGAAAGAGGCUAUCAAAACGGGAAGUGUCAACACGUUCGAAAGGUUACGCAAGCGACGUAGGUUGGAUUCGGAAGAGACCGUAGAGGAAAAAACGCCCGCUUACAGCAAUCUGGUGAAGGACGCCUCGCCCAUAUCGGGCAGGGUUAGUGGUUUACGAAGAAAGCGUUUAAAUAUAAGGCUUUCCGAUUCCGAGCAGGAAGUUGAUUCGGAACGAUCAAGACCUGUGAGUGAAUCAAGAACGAAAUCCAUCAAACAGCCGGCACGCGAUGGAGAUACAGUAAAUGGUGGUGUGUUCGGUCGCAACAGCAACGUUUCGAAUGCUAGAGACACGCCGCUGAUCGACGAGCCUGAACAAGUAUCGUCACCGGUAGUCGCUGGGAUUGCCAAACGGGCGGGCGGUACCGGAAUGCGAAACUCCAAACGCUUAGCCAGUAGUCCGGCUAACACAAUCGAAAGCGAAGAACAGACCGAAACGAUACAGCAACCGGCUGUAGAGAAAACGAAACCAUUUCGAAGCUCCUCAACCGCCGGAACGGUGAGGCAAAAACAACAUCACACAGUUCCUGAAGCAGCGCCCUAUGCGUUACCUUGCUCAUCGUCCUCAUCGUCCGUUGCGGCUUCUCCCACGAAGAAGGAAGCAACUGCAGCAAGCGUUAAUGCCAACAGUGCGAACGGUAAUAAGUUACGCCAUAAAACUUCCCCUACAUCAGGCGCUGGGCGUAGCCAUAAGAAACGGCAAGGCAAGAAGAUGAUCGUACCCGUAGCGGAUGCAAGUGAGGAUUAUUCAUCGGGUGAAGCAGACGAUGAAAUGGAGGAGGAAACUCGUAGUGCACCAGCAACAAUAGCACCAACCAUUUCGAAGAAAUCUCCCACUAAAACCACAUCGCUUGCUGCGACCACCGUAAACAAUGGUACAACGCUACCGAAAGUGUCACCACGUGCUGCACCACGCGAUCAUUCGUUAAGCCCGAACGGAAAGGCAUCGAAAAUUGAAGGUUCAAAGAGUAAGACAAUAAACGAGCGACGUGUGAAGGACGAAAAUACGGAGGUUGUUCCCAAUAGAACAACUACGACUACGUCCGCGAUAUCAUCGUACACGAAGCCAGCCAACAAUGAUAGCAGCACUCAACAAACCGCACAAGAAAGUACGGUAGCUUUGCCAAAAGCGUCAGAAAGUACAAGCACCAGUACAAGCCCAAACAGUUCGACACAACCUGCGGAAGCUGCAAAUGCAGUGGCUGCUUCCAGUUCCAAAGAGAAUACGGUGAAGGUAGAAUCCAGUCCACAGACGAACCGAGUAUCUGUGGAAGGUAGCAGCGUGAUUAGUAGACCGACCGGAUUGGCAGCCGGUGCCAUACAGCAGAGUAAGGAAAAUGUCACCAUUAAGGCUGAACAGAAGGAAGGAGUCAUUCUGCAGGCACCUUCAUCCGCACCAGUUACACCGGAGAAAAAGGAUACCAACCGAUCGGUGGCAAAUAAAGAGCCUUACGUACGAACCGCCCCGAAAGCAUCUCCUGACCAGGGGAAAAAUGAUACUUCAAAGGUAACGUCACAAAGCAGUAGCGUUAUAAGCGAGGCACCGCUAGUGAAUGGAGUAGAGAUCAACGAGAAAAUCUCUGUGAUAACCGAAUCAAAAAACUGUCUCACAACAAAUGAUGCAACGCCGACGCAGUCGGGAGUGUCGGAUACCGUUGAGCCGUCGAAGAUAGUCGGCAGCCAAGGUUCCGGUGGUGGUGGUGGUGGUGAUGGUGGUAACGCUUCCGGACCGUGUGUAACUCCUGAGAAGAAGACCGUCGGGACGGGCACGACAACGAUAGUGGAUGGUCAGUCGAAUGGUGCUCAGUGUUCCCCCAAGCAAAAGGUUACAAACGAUGCCGACAACAGUACAAACCGAUCAUCCGUAGAUCGUGCUGGAAGUAGUGCUAACAAUACGGCCAGCGUGUUGAAGAUAAAUGAAAACUACGAUAAACAUCAUCACAGUCAACAGCAACAGCACACGGAACCGCUCCGUAAUCGCCCGAAAGUAAUUGUGGACAGUAUCUCUAGCACGGGUGAAAGUAAAGCGAAGGAAGAUUCGGCUACAGACGCUACAAAAACAACCGAAGUUAUCCGGCCAAGGGAAGAUUGCAGUACGUCUGGUGGUACUGUUAAGGAGAGCAACGGCAAAGACGUUACCGGUGGUGGUAGUAAUGAUUCGGGAAUAAUUCAACAAACAUCGGCAAUCGUACCGGCAGGGAAUAAUACCACUAGCAGCAGCACUGCUGCACCGACGAUGCAUGAGCUGGCAAUGCACAAGAAAAAGUUCAUGAAAACGAUGGACAACUCGAGUGACACAUCCCAACAGCAAGCAACGAAACCAUUGGCAAUUGGAAACGAAAAAUCGGAUCAGUCUGUUAUUAAGCAGACGGAUGAGGUGACCAAUGCGAAGAUAGCUAACGUGGCACAGGCCGCGAUUGGCAGCAGUGCAAAUGUACCUGUUUCCUUAGCCGGAACAACGAUGGCACAGGACGCAGCAUGUGUUUCUGGUGCAGAUGUUAAGAAGGAAAAAUCACCAACAAAAUCACCCCCUAAUGCUGCAAUCUCUUCAACGGUAGCGUCUGUGUCCACAGCCUCGUCAAAGGGUGUAAAAAACGAAUCGUUUAAAAUGGUAUCCUCGCACAGCGGCAGCGUCAGCAAGGGUUCUGACAGUUACGUCGUCAGCACGGCUACUUCCUGUGCAACGGCAGUUGUAACAAGCGCUUCUGCCACACAGCUGCACCAAUCAUUAGCGGAUGGUGGAAAGCGAAGUACAACAGAUGCAAAUGCGGUGGUAGGAUACGGGCCGGAAUCGAAGGUGGAAUCAAAACGAGCGAAAGAUAAAUACACUGCUGGAAGUAGUUCGUCUGCUAUCAACACUAAUAUCGUAGCUGCUCCAGUAAGCAUACCGGAAGAAGGUGGCCAGAUUGGAGGUAAGACGAGCCGUAGUAACUCAUCGUCGUCCUCUGCAAGCGAACAACUGCCGCAGGUCGGAAAACGUUCCGGUUCCAGCUCGUCUACCAGUUCUUCGUCGGGUACGAGUGGCACUAAGGGAGAGCAUCCUUCAUCGUCCGCGAGUACAACGAUGAACACCGUUGCACCCGUAACCGCAGCUUCCAAGCGCGCGGAAGCAAGUGCACGUAAGGAAGCGAUGAAGCAAAAUGCGGUAGCGACGUACGGCAGUAAUAGUAAUCCAGGUGCUAACAGCAACACCGCAAUCAGUAAUCACUGCAAAGUAGUGCAGCCGGACAGUCAUCCGCUACAUCAACAGCAGCCACAACAGCAUCAGCAGCAGCAUCCGCAGCAGCACACGCAGCAACAUCCGCCACAACAUCAGCAGAAUCCUCAUCAACAUCCGCAUCAACAGCAGCACCAUCAGCAGCAGCAAUCGGCCCAACAGCAUUAUCACAUGAGCGCGAAAUCAUCAUCGAACAUGUCGCCCUUGUUGAUGGACGGUGCGGGAGUUGCUGGAUCUUCAAUGCAGGGUGUCGGUGGCAUGGGUUCUGCUGGUCUAGCAGCAAACAACAUACCUGCCAGCUCGGCACCGUCCGUUGGAGUGACAGGAAAUGUUCACGGCGGAAGUAUGAUGAUGUCUGCCGGUCCUGGGAUGGGACCGACGAGUGCCAGUGGUAGCAGCACACUGAUGGGAAUGAACAAUGCAUCGUCGUGCCGAACGGACAAACAUCCGUCCAAGCAUUCGAUGCAUGAUCCGAAGACGACUAUCGACUUAAACAAGAUGACGUCCCAGUUUCCCGGUAUUAAUCAGCUACCGAGUUACGCUACUUCCCAGUACUGGCCGCUGGAUCCUUACUACCAGAGCUACAAUCUUACGCAUCUGGACACGAGCAGUCAAAAGUCACCGAACAAGUUCCAUCUCGAUCUAGCCACCACCAUGGCGUACGGAAGCUUUCCCUCCAACCUAUAUCCUUCGUUCCAGCACCAGGAGCAACAGUAUCAACAAGUUGCGCAAGCACCAUCAACGCCUGCCUACCAGCCGAAGGAACGGAAUAACGUCAAGUCGGACCGCAAGGGCACCAAUUCCGGCAGCGGCAGUACGCUUGAGUCGACCUCAUCAUCGUCCUCGGGCGGAACGAAACAUGGGAAAUCAUCUUCUAAAUCCAACUCGAACGCUGCUGCAACCGAUGAUGGUAGCAAGUUUAAGGGUAACAACGCUGCGGACGUUCAUCAUCUAGCGCAACAUUCCUCGCAACAGCAGCAACAGCAACAACAGCAUCAGCAGCAACAACAGCAACUGUGCCCGUCACAGUACGACACGGGAUUGCUGUGUGCGAAAGCGAACCAAUAUCAUCAUCUGUCCUCAGCACAGAUCGUACAGCAUCCGCAUCAACUUGCUCAACAACAUCACCAACAACAGCAACAGCAGCAGCAGCAACAUCAACAGCAGCAUCAACAUCAUCAACAUCAACAGCAGCACCAUCAGCAACACCAACAUCAACAGCAGCAACAACAUUCACAGCACGCGCAACAGCAGCACAAAUCGAUCCCGAAGGGCAAAAAUGACGCGAAGCUUAACGAUUCCUCGUGCAUGGUUGCCGGUGCAGCAAAGUCUUCACCCACCGUGACCGAUCCGGCCGCAUCGUGUCACGCUUCGGUACAGCAGCAAACGAUGCACCUGAUGGGUAAUGCUACGGGACAGAAGCCGGGCGGUUUCCCGGGCGAAACCGAUCUGCAUGGUGAUGGUGGGGCAACGGCCGGUGCACAGCCCGACCUGAAGCAGCAGGGUACACCGGGUGCGGGCGGUGAACAUUCCAUCGGUGUGUACACGCCAGAAUCGACGACGUCGAACUCGGUGCAGAGUUUGCACCAGUACGGUCAGUGCGAGAUAGACGUAAGUCAGCUGGGAUUGGAAUCGCCGGCUAGUAUAGCGAGCGAUGUUACCUCCCAGAACUCAGCCGAUGCAAUCCGACCGCCCAGCGUAGUAUCACAGCACGGUGGCACAAUCGGAGGACCAUAUUCGGACUGUUCCGUGCAUCAGCAGCAGCAGCAGCUGCAGCAGCAUCAGUCACAAAUGCACAUGGCGAUGCAUACGCACGUGCCGGAAACGAGUCCGCAGCAUCCACCGCAGCAGAUGACAAUAAUAGCCAACAAUAGUGGCGGUAGUGGUGGCGCUAGUGGAGGUGGCUCCGGAAACGGAGGCAGCAGUCGCGGUAAGCAGCAACAUCCAUCGCAGCAACAUCUCGCUCAGCAGCAGCAGAUAGGGCAUGGUGGAAACAGUGGUACAGCGGGUCGGUCACAACGAGCGUCCACACCGAAAGUAAGUCGCAAUACGCCGACACCGGGCGCACAACAGGCACGACACCAGAGUCGCACCACACCACCCAUGGUUAGCAAUGUGAUACAACCGAUCGUAAGCCCCGGCCAUCAUCAACAGCAGCAGCAACACCAACAGCAGCAGCAGCAACAGCAACAGGCAGCAAUGCAGGCAGCUUCCUUGAAUCAGCAGCAGCAGCAACAGCAACAACAUCAGCAACAGCUAGCGCUUCAGCAGCAGAUGCACCAAACGUACGGUACAAUCACGGGACAGUCGCUGAACCAUCAGGCACACGGUCAGAACAUGCAUCAGGCUGCGGCCAGCAGCGGUUACCUGGGCGCUCAGCUGGCACUGACCGGUCAAGCGCCACCCUAUCCGCAAUCACCAACGUCGUACGGUAGCGUGAUCCAGCACCGAAUGUCCAACAACCACACACCGGCCAGCUUGCAUAGUCCGCAGCAGCGUCUCGGUGCAUCGCCCGUUUCGUCGUGUGCCGUCUCGUCGGCCAACAACUUUUACGUGCAGCAACAGCAACAGUCCGGUGGCGUUACACACCCCGGCUCCCACACACCGAUCCCGCAGGCGCCAACACCCGCACCAACGCCAACACCAACACCGACCCCACAGCUCGAACCACAGUCCUGCCAAGGUGGUCCGCCCGGUGGGACCGGCCAGCAGCUCCAGCAGCAAGGUCCGCAAAUAUCUUGCCUCUCCAAGCUGCAGCAACUAACGACGAAUGUGGACAUCUGUAACUCUCCCGUCACGCCACCACCAUCCGCUCAUCACGCCCCCCAUCCCCAUGGUGGACCGCCGGGUGGGAGUGGAGCGACCGGUGCCAGCAAUGCCAAUCCAGCAGCCGGCGGUGGUGCCGGUGGACAUAUGGUGGCGGCACAAAACGUUGUCCGAAACAUAUCCACCCCACCGGUGUCGAUCCAUUCGGCACAAAUGUCCACGAUCAACUAUCACAAAUACUAUACGGGCAACAUGAACAUGCCGACGAUCGCACAAAAUGCCGUCGCAGCAGCGGCCGUUGCCGGUGCUGCCCGGCGCAAUGCGGCGGCCGCAUCGUCCGCCCAAAUCCAGCACAUGGCAGCAGCGGCCAAUCGUUCGAACAGCGUUAGCCCGAAUGUGGCGAUCAGCACCAAUCUGAUGUCGCCGUACGGUUCGCUGAACGGGUACCGGAUGACGACGGCCGGCCAGUCACCGGGAACCGGUGGCUACAUUGGCAAUCCGGCCGCUGGUUUCAUCCAAAAUUCAGCCCAACUCGGCCCGGUACAGAUGGGUGUGAUGAACAUGCAGUCCCAGUAUCAGGAUCCGAGCGCCAUACAACGUGCGCAACAGAACUCCAUGUACUCAUCCUACUCGGCCUAUCUGCCUCCGAUGAGGCGCUAAGCAGGGGAGUUUUAUCGCAAGGAAAGUUUCGCUUUUGAGGCUGUGCAAAAUAGAAAACACGAAGGUGUUUUUUUUUUAGGAACGGGCACGAACAUGAAGCAGAUCUUACGCGCCUUACCCUCAGAUCUUAAAACAAAAACAACCGUCAUUAUGAAACAAAUUUGUGUUUGCCAUCUAUAUGUGUAUGUAUGCACUCGGCGGUGGGUUUUUAAUGUUUGUUUGUGUAUUGCAUAUUAUGUUGUGAUGCGAGGUGAUAAUGAAACCUCCACUAUAUAUUGAAUUAUGUUGAGUACGUAUCCACAUCUACCUAGUAAGCUCGAUAUUUUAUUUCACCCUCACAUAGGCGCGCCUUCUACGUUAGUCAACUGGCCCGGCUGGUCCGUUUGUACUGCUCUCCGUCAAGCGUAUCUAAUUCAAAUGCACAUACACACCCCGUAUUGUUAGGAAUGUAGGGUUUACGGUAGGACUAGCAAAACAACAACAAAAAAAACCAGACGCGAUCAUCCACCUCCACAAAAGGAGUAGAGGAUCACCAUUUUAGAUACGCAUGUAAAGAUAGAUAAAGUAUGAAAACAAAACAAAAAAAUCACAGUAGCAGAGAUAAACAGUGUUUGCCAAGAGAGAGACAGAGAGAGUAGUGUGCAACACGUGUUGUUGGUGUAGAACCACAGGAUAAUCAAAGCAGGCUUGUACAUUAUUGAAGAAACAUCAUCUCGAUUAUCAGCUAUAUCGGAUAAGUAUUCCUAUUUUACGAUUCCUUCCCUUGGUUUGUAUCGGUUUAGUUACGCUGCAGAGAGCGAUGGUCUCGAAUUUUAGUGCGCAUAUUAGGUGGGAGUUGUAGGAAAGAAGGGUGUUUUAACACGAAAAGACACGAACGAGAAAGGGUCCGCCGCAGUCCAUUCUCGAUAGCGUACAACGUCUCGCGUCUCUCGCUCCAGUGGUUAAGUUAAUAGUUUUUGGGCAACAAGGGUAUCAACAUACUGCUGUUGCAGCAGGCCCCCUACCCGUUUGUUUGUCUCCGGUGUCUGAUGCAUCUGGCUGCCAACGGUGGUUCGCACCCGCCGUGCAGUCCUGGUGCGCCGAUGGUACCGAACUUAGGGAGGAAGAUCUGCAUACAGCGUUUCCUUUUAAGUCAUAUGUAGGUAAGCAAACGAUGGGUGUUACUAUUGAAAGGCACACAACAUACAUACAUACAUACCAGGUUAAGUUAUGACAUAUUGGCCGCAGUUGCAGUGUGCGUACGACUUGUGACCUGGAGUUUGAAUACAUUUGAGCAAACGAUUACAACCUGCUUGCGAAAGCAUAUAAAUGAGCGCGUUAAUACAGAAUAUUAGAAAUUGAUUAAUAACACUGUACACACUUACAUACAUCAUACACGCGCGCGCGCAAGUUGUUUGAAAGAUAUAAUAAACAAACAAAUCAAUCUACACAAAAAUGCA